UCUGUCUGUGUGUCUGUCUGUUUUGUUUCUUAGAUUAAUUUACAAGUGAAAUUAAAUUUGUCUCUUUGUAGUUUGUCAACAUGUCAUUUGUCUAUGUGUGUAUGUCUGCUUGUUUGUUAGUAUGUUGUUUGCAUUUUGUUUGUCUGGAUGUUUAUGUGUGUGGUUGUUUGUCUGUAUGUUUGGUUGUUUGUUUGUCUUUAUGUCUGUCCAUCUGUCUGUCCAUAUGUCUGUCCAUCCAUCUGUCUGUUUGUCUGUCUGUCUGUCUGUCUGUUUGUCUGUGUGUCCGUCUGUUUGUCUGUCUGUCUGGGUGGCUUUGCCAGGCUUGCCUGUCUGUCUGUCUCGGUUUGUCACCUAGGUCCAACACUAUUAUUCCUAAUUAUUGACUUACAGAGCAAUGAUUAUGACAUUCUACACAAAGAACUCGAACAGCUGAAACUUGACAAACUGGGCAACCUUCCCGAGGCCCAAUCCACCGGCCAACCCGUCAACCAUCGAACGCACGUACGCAGUGCAACGUGGGGCGGUCCAAGCGACCUGGAAGGAGCGCUCAAUCAUGUCGCUCUUAACCUCGUCAACCAACUCCUAGACGACGACAUCGCGGGUGACUCCGGCCAUGAGGACGACUUCGGCUCGCCGGCUGACCCUCGACAAUUCGACUGGUCCGGUCAGUCAUGGCAGGAAACAAAUUUCCUUCAUCCGGGAGGAAGCUACGGCUCUCUAUCAUCCUACAGCUCAGCGGACAGUGCACUCGCUUCGGAUCUCCGCAUCAUGGCACACAGUCAGUCCGUCUGGGCGGUCACGAACGCUGGGCUCACGCCACAAGAUUCAGUCAUCAACACAUUAAAACCGUCGGCGAGCGCACCACCGUCCGCUGGUAGCAGUCCGCCGUCUCAGGAAUUUCUCAGCCGUCCACAGUCUUCCCCGCUCAUACAAUCGGACGAGAACGUCCACAUGCAGAGCCAGCUGAUGAUGCACAACAGUAUUCCGGGUAACAGGCACUCGUACCCGCAGGCCAUCUCGGGCGCUUACUCGUCUCAACCGAAGAUCAAGCAGCCGUUGCUCGCGACGCCGUCGAUCCCGACCGGGAAGGACUUCAUGCGUAGCUAUCGCACCGGGAACGGUGCGUUUCACACGAAGCCCGGGUACGCACCGAGAUAUCAUAACAACCGAAGUUUCGGUAACGCACCGUCGCGUCAGUAUCUGGGUUCGUACAGCCAGAGUCCACAUCAGUAUCAUAGUAAGCCACCUGUGCAGCAUUACCACGGGCAUCAGCAGUACGGGCAAGUGCAGUUGAGGUAUAGCGAACGGCAGAAUCGGCCACCGCGACUCGCCAACAAGAGUCGGCGAUUCUCUGACGGCGUUCUGUAUACGAGCUUUGAUCCGUCGGCGCAGGAUUCGUGUUCCGAUCCGUCGGUGAAUGGGAUGACGGUGGAAGGGGGAGGUGGGCCGCCGGUUGCUCACCCGCAGAUGCAUUCUGGGAUGAGAGUGAAUAAGACGAGGAAGACGAUUGUAGGGAGGAGUCAUUCGUUUCAUUACUCGACUCAUGGACGGUCGAUGCAUUUGUAUGCGCCGCAUAAUUUGACGCCGGGGUCGAGUCCACCUAUGCCACAUGAUCAACGAUCUUAUCCCCCUCAUCAAUCAUAUUCCAGCUAUGGACAGAGGAUGUACAACAAAAGCUACGCUCCACAGUCGCCUGGUAGUUACCCAAUUGGCAACAGCCAAGGACUAUCAUACGAAAGCGGGUGGCCAAAACCAUCACAAGAGCUACACAUGCAGCUCGAAUUAUGCCUCGAAGAAAUGAAACAAUUUCAAAUUGAAAGAAAGAAGGCCGAAUCUGAUGUCACCUCGUUUGGAUACCCUCCACCAGUGAGAAACUCAUUUCACGGUUUAGUCCCUCGGUUGCCACCCAAUCCCACACGAGUUGACAAACUCAUUGUUGACCAGUUCAGGGAACAUGCCAAGAUGGAGGCGUUUGUGAGUCGUUUGGAGCGUUUGAGUCGUGCUCCGUUGCCUCCGGAUGUAGAGGCUGGUAUGCAUCAUUGGUUGGCUGCUAUACGGGCCGUGCAGGGUACAAGACAAGAGGAGAGAGAGGCGAUGGCUGAUCCUGCAAGACGUGGACAAUGGGAUGAAAGAGAAGUGCUUGCCAUCGCUGCCAGUAUCGAAGAUCUCGUCCACAUCAUCCAACUCACACGCAACGUCCUCUGGUCAUGUCUACGACUCGACGAUCUUGCACCGCUGCAGCCCGACACCCAAACAGACAUUCUCGACGACCAACAAUUCACGGUCUCCGAUGAGUGGGACUUCGAGUCCUAGCAAAUAAAGCACACCAACAUAGCACAUCAAUCCACCAAUCAAAUCACACCAUAGAUACCCUCACAUAAAAAUUCAUUAUUUCGUUAUUCCCCUCGUGCCAAGUGAUAUAUUUGUGUUUAUCAAUUCAUCCCGACUCACUGUUAGCCGUGAAUCACAGCACACGCACAUAUGACAUGGAGACGUCAAACGUCAAAAAAGAAUUUUGUUGUUUCAAUUUAGCCGAUUGAGUGGCACAUAGUGGACGCCAAGAAUUCAGUUGUUUUCAUUAUAAAUUUCCUCUGAUUUUAGAUGAGCAAGUGGAUCCUUAUGUCCAGUACUGGGCAUGUGACAGUGAGAGUGUUUAUGUGGCACAUACAUGUAGAGAUAAAGAUGAGCAAGUGAUUUAGGCAUUUUAGUUAUUUUUCGUAUGUGGGACAUGCCAUUGUUGACUGACUAUUCAUAGCCGUUCUAGCAGCAUGUGUAGAUGCAGUAAACGUGGACUGGCGAGCGUGUAAUGCAUUGGUGUAGUGUAUUUUGAUAGACUGAUGAUGAUGACAACAUGUAGGACAAAAAUUUAAUCUGAA